UUGUCAUAUUAGGAGGUGUUUCGUGUAAUUUACUCAUUUUUUUUCUUUUGUCUUUCUUCCAAAUAUAUACAUUGACGCAACCAAAACAGCAAAUCUGCUCCAUCUUUUGACCCACGGGCCACGGCCACCCUCCUCCACCGUCAACUGCUGCCGGAAAAUCAAGAAUGGCACCAAAAUCCGAAACCCACUCCUCACCAACCACCGCGGGAACCCAAUUUUCCGAUCCAUCGAAUGACUACUCAAUCGACCCACUUUUCCACACCCUCCGUAUCCUCCCAUUCUCCUUCCUCCGCCCACCAAAGCUCCGCCUAAAAAUCCCAACCGUCACCCUUCCCUCCGCCAUGACAGUUUACAGCCUGAUCCUAUUAACCUACUUCAUGGUCGUCUCCGGCAUUGUUUACGACGUCAUUGUUGAACCCCCUGGAAUUGGAUCAACACAAGACCGGUUCACUGGUGCUGUUAAACCGGUGGUUUUUCUACCCGGUCGAGUUAAUGGUCAGUAUAUUAUUGAAGGAUUGUCUUCUGGGUUCAUGUUUGUACUUGGUGGUGUUGGGAUUGUGAUGUUGGAUUUGGCAACUGAUAAGAACAGAGAUAAGAGUGUUAAGGUUUCGUUUGCUUCAGCUGGGGUUGUGUUUGUUGUGAUGGCUUAUGUUAUGAGUAUGCUCUUUAUCCGUAUCAAGAUCCCAGCUUAUCUUCGCUGAAAGCUUUAGCCUUUUUUUCUUUGUUUUGAUAAUCAGUAAUUGUUUUAGUUUGCGACUCUCUAAAGUUUAAAGAGCUACACAUCUGAUACUGUGGUAGACGAGGAGUAUGCUUAAGUUGAUUUGGCUAUUUUUGGCUUUUGAUAGAUUUGGUUAAUGAAAUGUAUGCAACCUUGGAUCUCAUGAAUGCAUAGUAGAAUACUGUUGUCUUUGCUUAUGUUA